UGACGGGGCGGAGAGCACUUCACAGUCAGUACACUGCGGCUCCUCGCUGAGUGCACUUACUCUUCCGUGAUUGUUGACUUUUUUUUGUGUCUGCCAACGCCUCAAAAAUACUUCUCAGAGAUGACGACGACCACCAACUUUCAGGGAGUGGAGCCCGGCGCCAAGAAUAGUUCCAGGGUACUACGACCGCCAGGCGGCGCUUCCAGCUUUUCCUUUGGCACAGAUGAAAACACGACCCCGCAGCGCAAGAACAAGAUGGCCUCCAGCAUCUUUGCAGAACCAGUGGACCCCCAUGCUCAUCGGAGGAACAACCCACCAAGUGGUGCAGCUGCAGGGACCCUGUGCGGGGAGCCGUCGGCCCCACUGAGACGAUGCCAGCAGCCCAUUCUGUUCCCCAAGAACCCUGAGCCAGAACUGACUACCAUCCACAACUCUGGGGCGGCUUUGGUGUGGACCAAAAGACAAGAGGAAGAGAAUGGCCAAGAUCAAGCAAACAAUGAGUGUCCUGACAGCGAGGAGGCGGAGGCGGAGAAGAGCGAGCAGGAAGCGCCACAGCCGCCCGCCCCGUCGGGAAGUGCCAACUCUGCCGCGGGCAACCGAAGAAACCCACCUGGCGGCAAGUCAAGCCUCAUCUUGGGUUGAGACCUUUCUCUUUUGAACACUAUUUUUUAUUUUCUAAAGAUAAGUCCCCCCCCUCCCUCUCCCCUCCUUGUCACCUCUCUUCCGCCGUGUCCCCUCUGUGGCCUGUGUACUCCCCGCAGUCAUGUCUUUUCAUUUCAAACAUGUACUUUUAAUCCUUUUUCUAUUAAAGAACUGUCGAUUAGAAAACAAAAAAAGCACUUUACUUAUCUCUGUGCCCUCUCCACCCUCCUGUAUCUCUCCUCCAUCCAAACCAUUUAAGGCCAUCCUGCAGUGGGAAGACAUGACAUUUGUUUUUGUCUCUCCCAUUUGUCCAUGUUGUAAAUGGUAAAAGCAUUAAAAAAAAACAGAAUUGUUGCGUGAAUUUCUAAUUACAAUAAAGAUUGAUAUGAAUUUG